AUGACAUCAACCACCCUGAUGACUUUCUUGCUGGUAACAAACCCCGAGAUCCGCUCGGUGAAGCUGCUUGGAUCAUGGGACAACUUCUCCAGGCCCUAUGCGAUGGAGAGAGAUAAGCGUGUCGGCCCGGGUCACUGGCGUGGAUGCCAUACUUUUACGGAUAUCAUCGGCGAUGGACCCCCGGGUGAUAAAGUCCAAUGGCGUUCUGGGGGUCUGAAGAUGGGACAGACUUAUUGGUAUUAUUAUCUGUUAGAUGAGGACGUGGAAUACUUUAAUCAAGCGGAGCCCGUCACCACUAAAUGCCCUCUGCUUCCAGGGCAGCCGGUGAAUGUGCUGAACGUGCCUAUCAUAUUGCCGGACAGUCGGUCUCAUGUUCGUUCGAACAGCAAUAGCUCGCAGAAGUCCGAACACCGUACGAUGAACCCGGAAGACAAGUUCAUGAACCCGCGGAAGCCGCCAAAGCCAAACCUAGCGCGCCUUCAGACCUCCGUGCCUCAUGCCACUACUUCCAAUCCGAGCAGCAUCUCUCCCAUUAAUGGGAUAGUUCAUCGCAGUGCGUCUCAACCGAAUAGUGCCACGCGCAGAUAUCACUCAAAGGAUGCACGCUCCGUCUCUCCUCCCCGGUCCCGGGCACUUCGCCCUGCCUUCCGACCUGUCCAGGAGGUCGAAAAACACACCUGGGUAGAGAUGCCUUCAAGGUCCAACACUGUUAAUGGAGUACUGCAGCAGCGGAAUGCUGCCACUACUCAGCACCGCAAUCUUCCUGGAAUUAGCAUCAACACAGGCGCCGUAUCUUCUGUACAGCACCAGCCCGAAAUGCCUGCAUCGACAAUCCAAUCUCGUCGCGCACUCAAGGCCAAUGGAGGAGAUGGCCCACAAGCCCGAAACCUUCUGACAGUGCAGACACGGCCCCAUCACCGUAAGCCCAGCGCAUCGCGCGGUGCUGCGGCUGGACCCACUUUGGGAACUGUCGAUGAAACGCAGGCACUUCGAGAGGCUCUGACGCUGGCGACCUCUGGGGAUAUUACACCCAAGGGAGUCGAUGUCCACGAGAAGAGGCUUCCUACCCUCCCCAACACACCUUCCUCCGUGAUGGAUGAAGCCGUGCGUGCUAUCGACGAGCGAGAUAAGGCGAUGGAUGCGGAAGUAAUGCAGAGCCAUUUCUCCAGCUUCACCACCACAACAGCUGAUGACUCCACAAACUCGCGAUUCAUCGUUGAACGCAGCCGCUUCUCGGAGUGGAGCACUGAUACUGAUACCGAGACGGAGGACAACUCGCCCGAGUCCAUGAUAUCCGGCUCCACAUUUGAUCAGGAAUCCCACGAGUCCUCAGCAGAGGACGACUGGAAAACGCCCGAUCUCUCCCAGGCCAACGACGCCGCAACCAACACUGACCCCAACACGCCCCAUCUCACCGUCCACUCGAAACCCUCCUCCCCCAACUCCUCCGCUGGCGACAUCCUUCCCUGGAACAUGGGCAUGGCCGUCCCCGAACUCACCCUCUCCCUCUCUUCCCCGGGCCUAGGGAUCGACCACAUGGCCGAAGUCGAAAGCAACCCCAAACGCCACGCUGCCCUUUUCAGCGCUCUCGAGUCGAUGGAAGCCCUCUCGCUCUCGCAAAGCCGUGACGGCUCACCCAUUCUUCUCCCAGAGCUGCAGCGGCUGUCUGACACCGAUCGUAGUGAUACGACCAGUCGGGAAUUGCGAGAGCGCCUUAGCAACGCGUCACUCCGCGGCAAGAACACCAUGCAGGAGCUGAUGGACGAGCUGAGCUACUUGAAGAACAUGAUCCAGGCUGAGAUGGACGGAGAGCCAUUUUAG